UUUGAAUUAGAAAAUUCUAAAAUCUUCCAGUUCGUUCCAUUUGCGUUUGUCAAUUCCCUAAAUUCCAUUGCUAAUCUCAUACCUUUCCUAAAAAUUGAAAUUUCAAAAUUCGAAUUUCCUCAAAAUUACACAAACAAUCCUACAAUUUUCCCUAUAAUCCUUCAAUUUUUUGUGUUAUCUAGGGUUUUCAUUGGCUCACCCAUGGGUGAAAGGAAAAUAGAGGACUUGCCUCUCCCACAUCUGUUCGAGCAAGCUCGGAAGAUCCAUUUAACCGCUACAGAGUCCGCUGCUGAUCAGGAGAUGGUGAAGAAGGGAUGUGAGGCACUGGAGAGAUGUGAGGAAAUGAUAAAUAAACUUGGGUUAUUCUCAGCUAAUGAGACCAAGGAUGAUAUCGCCACCACCGAUCUUAAAUAUAUUUUGGUUCCAUAUUAUCUUGCUGAGCUAACUGAAAAAAUAUCACAGGAUGAUAGGAUACAAAUUCUUAAGGCUUCCCAGGCAAAGUUAAAGGAAUUCCUUUCUUUUUGUGAGACAAUGGAACUUGUACCAGAGGAGGAAUUACGUGCAUCUUCUCAAGGAGGUCCAAAUUCUUUUGCAGAAAGAAGAGCCCAAAAGAUUGCACGGUUCAAUCGUCAAAGAGCUGCUCAAGCAAAGCUGCUGGAAGUAAAGGAGCGGAAAGAGCGACGUGGUCGUUCAACUAGAGCUACUGCCCUAUCAACUCCAGUUGAGGCUGGUGAAGAGGAUUUAUCGGAUGAUGAUGGAGAAGAAGAACGGGAGGCUUGGCUUACUACCAUUUCUUUGUCCAUCUGUAAGGCAUUCGACCUACUCGAAAUGUUAAAGAAAGAAGAAGAAAUGCUUUCUGCUGUAAAGGAAAGGCAACUUAAGGAAGGGGACAAGGAAUUUUCUCAAGCUAUUCUUGAUGAGCGAACAAAAAAAGCAGAAGGGUGGCAUCGUGAUGCCGCUACUCGAGCACAAUAUACCAAGCCAGCAGCACCUAUCACCUGUGCUACUUUUGCUCAAGAUGUUUUAGAAGGGAGAGCAAAUGUUUCACAGGCACAUGAUCACAAGCACCAGCCGAUGAUAUUUGGACCAGCGAGUCUUAUAGGUGGAAAUUUAACAAGUGAAAGGGAUAGGAUGGCAGCACAAGUCUUCCAACCUAGCCACAGGUUGCCAACCAUGAGUAUAGAAGAAGCUGGGUUAAGGGAGAUGGAGAUUAUGAAUAAAUGGCAAGAGAGAAAUGCUAAACUCAUGGCAGAAGCAAACUCUGCAUGGUACAAGGACAAUCAGAAGGUACAAUCAGGUGAAGAAGAUGAUGAAGAUGAUGAUGCUGCUGUGCAGAAGGCAAGGGCAUGGGAUGACUGGAAAGAUGAUAAUCCUCGGGGUGCUGGUAAUAAGAAGCUCACGCCAUGUGGUUAAAGGUGGCCGAUGGUUUCUGUUUUCGUGGUGUAUUCUCUUAAACAUGGUUAUUUGUAUUCAUUUAAAUUUUUGCUUCAGAAAUGGUUUUACAAAAUUUUGGUUCAUUCUGUCUAUUCUAGUGUAACCUUGAUCCUUGAACAGUAAAUACUAUGAAUUAUAUUUUAGGAAA